ACACACGCGCGGGGGCGCUCGCUGGCGGCCGCUUCACCACCACCCCCGCGGCGCCCUCCCCACCCCACACCGCUCGGCCUCUCCGCGUGCACAAACCGCAGCGGCGGGAGCAGCAGCAGCAGCAAGACGCGAGCGAGCGAGCGAGUGAGCGAGCGCGCCCAAGUUCCCAGGCAACGGCCGUUUUAACGCUACCGGACGGGUUUAACGCUACCGUCGCAUCGCGUGCCGGUGGGGAGCCAAGACCUCAGGGGAGGGGGGCGCGCGGCAAACUCGUCCCGCGCUCGUUUGGCAAAAAGGCGAGCGGCGAUUGAGGGAAUCGGAGCGGGGAUUGUGGAGAGGCGUCCGAGCUCGCCUUGGGGUUUGUCCGCUGCGGAGGGAUCUUGGUUGCUAGGGGUGACGGGGGACCCGGGCUCCACGCAGAGGCGGCCGAACGAGGCCCGCGGCAGUGGCAGCGGAAGAGAGAUCGGAGCGGCGUCUUUCCAAGUCACUUAAAUCCAAAUUUUGUGGGGUUUUUUUUUUAAACACAAAACAAAACGCUGUUGAAAAUAUAACUAUCGCGAAUAAGCAACUUGCAGUUACAGCAUUCGAGUCGACGAUGUUUAAAAACACCUUCCAGAGCGGAUUCCUAUCCAUCCUGUACAGCAUCGGCAGCAAGCCCCUUCAGAUAUGGGACAAGAAGGUGCGGAACGGGCACAUCAAGCGCAUCACAGACAACGACAUCCAGUCGCUGGUGCUGGAGGUGGAGGGAACCAACGUCAGUACCACGUACAUCACGUGCCCUGCUGAUCCGAAGAAAACCCUGGGCAUUAAGCUUCCCUUUCUAGUUAUGAUCAUCAAAAAUCUAAAGAAGUAUUUCACCUUCGAAGUGCAGGUUCUGGAUGACAAAAACGUGCGCCGGCGAUUCCGAGCCAGCAACUACCAGAGCACAACGCGCGUGAAGCCCUUCAUCUGCACCAUGCCCAUGCGCCUCGAUGAUGGCUGGAACCAGAUUCAGUUCAACCUCUCGGACUUCACACGCCGAGCGUACGGAACCAACUACAUCGAGACACUGCGCGUGCAGAUUCACGCCAACUGCCGCGUUCGGAGAGUCUACUUCUCGGACCGCCUCUACUCAGAAGACGAGCUCCCGGCAGAGUUUAAACUCUACUUGCCCGUGCAGAACAAAACAAAGGUGUAACGGGUCCCCUCUUCCCCAAGCAGGACAACUCUUAAAGAAGCAAACAGAAUAAGACAACGAAGUGACAUACGCCGAACCCACACACCAUAUCAGCAACUGCUUGGCUGGCAAUAUACAUUAACGAUGGCAGUGUUUGAAAUGGAAUGUGAUAUAGCAUAGCUAACGCUACCUUGUUUACAUGUGAAUCUGCGAUCAUUCCCAUCGGUGUUGCCACCCCAUCACACACAUCGUCACCCUUGCGGCCAUUCAGGCUUCACCUUAUUACUACUAAUUAUUCAUUACUAACGUAACCAGGCAGUGUUCAUCCCUUGCAUUUGUAUGGUACGCUCGUAAAUUAAAUAAAGAAUUUUAUACUUGAAUACAGUAAUUCCUUUUCUUAGCUGAAGUAAAAUGUAUUUAUUAGCUCUGUUUAAAAAAGUGACGAUUUUCACACAAUUUGAUUUAGUGUACAUUGAAUGCUGCUGUCAUACACAUCAAAUGGUAACUUCACAGUAUUUUGUAAGCUUAAUGUGACAAGUGCUCUGAUUUAUGUGUUACUCCACCGAUCGACACGAAUGGCUGACUAGCCGUUUUUGUCUACAGAAAUAAACACUAUUGUCGAUUUAA